AUGGUUAAAGACCGAGCCCUAACCACCCGAUCCAUCGCGAACCAAUUCCUCCCCUUCAUCUCCAAAUCCAUCUCUUCCCUGCAUAAACGCCUCUCAGUCACAGUCCCUGCACCCCCCGAUGAUCUGUUCCGCGCUUACGAGUUCUGUUUGGAAUGCUGCGAGUUGGUCUCCCACGAUCCUCACGCCGUCCAGCUUCAAAGGCUCGCGCUGAUUCGCUGUUACCAACACUGGGGUUGGUUCACUCACGCUUCCAACGACGGCAUGAGAUUCCUGGAGGGGCUUAGAGCACCCGGGCUCUCGUCAGAUAUGGGAAAGUGUGCUCUCUCCAUUAUCAGAGAAGCAGAACGUUUCGACAAGGGUUUUGUGCAAUCUUUCUGCAACUCAACACUGAAGGAAUAUUAUAAAUCCCCGUUGCCAAAAUGUCAUUUUUAUAAGUUUUCUCGCCAGGUGCUUUCUUUACUGUUUAUGUCCAAGGAGACAGAAACAUCACAACCCGUUGAAACUGUGAUGUCUGUGUUGCGAACUGUGGCAUGUGAAAUCAAGGUUGAACCUGGAGCAAAUUGGUUGGAGUUUCUUGACUUAGUCUCCUAUUGUGUUCAUGAGUCUCUGUUAGCAGGAGACGUAUGGUGUGCAGGAGUUUCGAAACAGUUGAGUGAGAUUGCAUCUAAUUACUAUAACUAUAAGGCUAUACCACAAGCUAAUCUGAUUCUAAGACUUUAUUCAGCUGGACUCCCCGUACAUGUGUUUGAUGUUAAGCUGAGAAAAAUUGUUAGAAAAAAGUUGAGGCUUGAAGCUUUACUUGGUGACGAUGAGAUAUGGAAUAGCUCAGUUUCUUUAUGGGGUUUGAUUCAGCAUUACCACAAAGACGCCGUGGAAUACACGCCACCUUACCUUGAUGCUCUGAAAUUUUUGUGCCAGCCUCUUGCUAGUUUGAUAAAUUCCGAGAAGAAAAAGAUGGUGCCGGGAAGAGUAUUAACAUGUUAUACUGCUCAUCUAUCUGUUAUACAGGAUAUAUUUCUCCAAUUUUGUCAUGGUUUACGUGAAUUUCAGAGAUGGACCCAUCACAAGGAAUGUAGUGGGACUGACUUUAACAAGACUCUGCUAAACGUGGCUAUGGCUGCUUCUUUCAUUUCGAUGAGAACCCAAUAUAGAGUAGAGGUUAAAUACUUGCUUACCAUUCUCACAAAUCAAGUGGAAGCUUUGUUCAAACUCUUCUUUUUGCAAGAAUGUCUCAAAAUCACCGGCCGUCUAGUUGAAGAUGUAAUUGCUAGUCCGUGGAUUUCACCUCCAGACCUUAAAUAUCUAUUAGCUUCAUUUCACGAUAUCGGUGUAGCUUUCUACAGUAUGAAGAACCUUGGAAAGGCUUCCUUGGCGUUCAAGAUAUGUAUUAGAACAGUGUGGACUUGUGUUAGACUCCUCUGUCAGAUACAUGUAAAAAAUGAGCGUAAACCAUCCGAGGAGUGUCUCUCCAGAGAAGCAAUUAUCGAUUUUGCGAGUAAAGCAUGUGGCAAAUCUGCAUUUUAUCUGGAUGUUCUCCAGCAACAUGGUGCACCAGAAAUCAACAAGUUGCUUGUGUUUAUCCUGGAGAACUGGUCUGCAGCUGAAGCGCUCAUCAAAAAUUUGCCAGACCCUACACCGAUAGCAAAACAAUAUGUUAAGACACAACGCAGAGAUCAUGAGAUUCAGAAAGAAGAAAAAGACUUGAAGCAAACUGGUGCCAUGGCGCAAGGCGCACCUCUACAUUCUCGUGUUACUUCCAACUUCUUCACAAAUGUUAUUGCUUUGAUCACUAUAGACUUGAGUUUUGUUUUGAUCAUCUUUUACUCUUCAGUUAUCUAUCAUCAAAAAUUAUCAAUUCUCAUGGCAAAGUAUACAACAUUAGACAAGGGCAUAUAUGCGAGGCCGAUCUUGAGAUUUUGUGGGCUCGAGACCAGUUACAAAAUAUGGGUCAUAAUUAGGGGCCAAGCCAGGGACGGUCCGGACAAAAAGGAAAAGUCAAUCUUUAGGCAUCUAUUGCAGCACGCCAUCGGGGAUCUUUUAUCGCUUGCUGCCAGGUCGUGGGAAUCCAGUGAGGAUCCUGUUGAAGGGAAGCAUUAUUGGCCUUCUUCUUUGAGGUCAUCGGGUGAGUCACCGGAUGUGGCUUCGAUUUCCGGGGACGGCGGCCGUAGGUGUGAGUUAUCGGAGGUCGAGUUGUUGGAUUUGGUGCUGGAGCGAUAA